AUGGGCGCCGCCGCGUGGGCACCGUCUCUCUUGCCGCCGCGUGUGUCUCUCCUGCUGCUGCUUCUGCCGCUCCCGGGGCUGUCCGUGGGCUCCUGGGAUCCGGCCGGUUACCUGCUCUACUGCCCAUGCAUGGGGCGCUUUGGGAACCAGGCUGAUCAUUUCUUGGGCUCCCUGGCAUUUGCAAAGCUGUUGAACCGCACCCUGGCUGUACCUCCUUGGAUUGAGUACCAGCAUCACAAGCCUCCUUUCACCAAUGUCCAUGUGUCCUACCAGAAGUACUUCAAGCUGGAGCCCCUCCAGGCCUACCAUCGAGUCAUCAGCCUGGAGGACUUCAUGGAGAAGCUGGCACCCACCCACUGGCCCCCUGAGAAGCGGGUGGCAUACUGCUUUGAGGUCGCAGCCCAGCGAAGUCCUGAUAAGAAAACAUGCCCCAUGAAGGAAGGAAACCCCUUUGGCCCAUUUUGGGAUCAGUUUCAUGUGAGUUUCAACAAGUCGGAGCUUUUUGCAGGCAUUUCCUUCAGCGCCUCCUACAAAGACCAGUGGAUCCAGAGAUUUUCUCCAGAGGAACAUCCAGUGCUUGCCCUGCCUGGUGCCCCUGCUCAGUUCCCUGUCCUGGAGGAGCACAGGCCACUCCAGAAGUACAUGGUGUGGUCAGACGAGAUGGUGAGGACAGGGGAGGCCCAGAUCCGCACCCACCUCAUCCGGCCCUACGUGGGCAUUCACCUGCGCAUUGGCUCCGACUGGAAAAACGCGUGUGCCAUGCUGAAAGAUGGAACCGCUGGCGCCCACUUCAUGGCCUCCCCACAAUGCGUGGGCUACAGCCGCCACACCGCCGCCCCACUCACCAUGACCAUGUGCCUCCCUGACCUGAAGGAAAUCAGGCGCGCCCUGAAGCUCUGGGUGACAGCGCUGAACGCCCAAUCCGUCUACAUCGCCACUGACUCUGAGAGUUACCUGCCUGAGAUCCAGCAGCUCUUCAAAGGGAAGGUGAAGGUGGUGAGUCUGAAGCCUGAGGUGGCCCAGAUCGACCUGUACAUCCUCGGCCAAGCAGACCACUUUAUUGGCAACUGUGUCUCCUCCUUCACUGCUUUCGUGAAGCGGGAACGGGACCUCCAUGGGAGACCAUCCUCCUUCUUUGGCAUGGACAGUCCCCCUCAGCUGCGGGAUGAGUUCUGA